CCCAAAAUGAUCAUAUUUAAAUAGUAUAAGAUCCAUAAAAUAGCAACAGCACACGUAAUGAGAAGAAUCAAAACGGCGUCACCUCAAAGGCCACCGCCGACGCUACCUACGGAUGGGUCCCAUUUCCGCAAAACAUCUCACAACGAGGUUGACUAGCGUCACGGCAACCCUCAAUCUCACACACACACAUGCCCUUCACUGUGGUCCCCACCAAACAUCCAGCUGUGUCCUUCUUUUAUCAGUCAUCGCACGGACCUCAAUGUCACCGCCCAGUCAGAUUAGCAAAACUUACCCUGCCACUCCCUUCUUCACUCCCACCCACCCACCAUUUUUAUCAAUCUCUUCAUCUUAUUACUUCUUCUUCUGCUUCACUCUCCGCCAUGAAAAUUUCUUCUUCAAACCCCACACUGCUUCCACACGGCCCGAUUUCCAGCUAAAACCCCUUUUAUUUGUUUAUCUCCCGGCCGGCCCUUUGAACCCAUGUACGAAGAAAAUAUCUCGAAUAAAGCUUGAAGAUUCGGUUUUUUUUUUUGUUCCUUUUAUUUUUUUGAAAGGGAAGUUAAAUUAUAGUUCAUCACCAGAAAGGAUAAUGGUGUCUGUGGAGGAUUCCCACUCAGGGACUUACUCCCGGACUUACUAUUACACGCCUCCUCCGAGUUCUGCUAAGGUUCAGCGCUCCAUGGGUCGCUCCAUGCGUACUGUUCGGUCCAACUUCUUCCGGGUCGAUUCUAAAGGUCCGGAGCGGGAGUUUGAUUCCAAUUUAUCUGAAAAUUUGUCUGACUCCGCGAUUAUGGAUAUCCGGCUUGGGGAGCUAGCUUUUAGAAGGAACCCCGGCGACGAUGCCGACGCGAAGAGCUCCGGCGGUGGUGUUGAUGUUGCUGCUGAGGAUCUCAAGAAGUACUUGGAUUUGUCCAGGUCUUUCGGGAGUGACUUGUCGGCUUACUCCAGUGACAUCUCCGGCGAGUUACAGCGGCUUGCAAGUAUUCCUGAUCCCGGUCCGAUGCUUGGCCCGACUGUUGCUGCUUCCGACCCGGAACCUGAACCCUGCCCCGGGUUUCUCCAGAGGGAAUCCUUCUCCACGGAAAUAAUCGAGAGUAUAUCACCAGAGGAUCUCCAACCCACCGUGAAGCUCUGCAUCGACGGCCUGAAUUCCUCCUCUGUUGCCGUGAAAAGAUCAGCGGCAGCUAAAUUGCGCCUACUAGCGAAAAAUCGGGCCGAUAACCGGGCUCUCAUAGGUGAAGCCGGAGCAAUACCGGCGUUGAUACCCCUCCUCCGGUGUACCGACCCAGUGACCCAAGAACACGCCGUCACAGCCCUUCUAAACCUUUCCCUCCACGAACUCAACAAACCCCUCAUCACCUCUACCGCUGACUCCGCCUCUGGCGCCGCCGCCCUAAAAUCCUUGAUAUAUGUUUUGAAAACUGGGACGGAGAUUUCCAAGCAGAACGCUGCCUGCACUUUGCUGAAUUUGGCAUUAGUCGACGAAAGCAACAAGUUAUCAAUUGGAGCCUGUGGAGCCAUCCCCCAUUUAGUGGCCCUUCUUAUAAACGGUUCCAUCAGGGGAAAGAAGGAUGCUUUGACAACUCUCUAUAAGCUUUGCUCAGUCAGUCUGAAUAAAGAGAGGGCGGUCAACGCCGGGGCUGUGGGACCAUUGGUGAAUUUGGUUAGUAGUAGUAGUGAGCAGGGAGGCUUGGCUGAGAAGUCUAUGGUGGUGUUGAGUAGUUUGGCAGGGAUUGAGAUGGGUAGGGAAGCAAUCGUUGAAGAAGGGGGAAUUGGGGCGCUUGUGGAAGCAAUUGAGGAUAGUUCUGAUAAAGGAAAGGAGUUUGCGGUUUUGACAUUGUUGCAACUUUGUAGCGACAGUGUGAGGAACAGAGGGUUGUUGGUUAGGGAAGGUGGAAUUCCUCCACUCGUGGCCUUGUCUCAGAAUGGUACUGCAAAAGCUAAGCACAAGGCUGAAAGACUUCUAGAGUACUUAAGAGGAUCAAGACAUGAAGCUGCUUGUUCUACGCCGUAGAACAGAGGUAACAAAGAUGAACGGUUUCUGGCUGUGUACAUAGUGAGCAGACGCGUCAAUGGUUUGUUGUAUAGAGUGGUUACAAGUUUGAGAUUAUUUAUUUUAAGCGUGGUAGAAAAGUCAUAUUACUAGUAACUAAGCAAGAAGCAGCAACUGACUUUUUUGAUGGAUGCAUAUUAUUUGGUAGGUUUCUGUAGAGAGAGGGUUUUGUAUCCCCUCUUCAUUAACUGAUUAAAUAUAUUAUUAUGUCGUUGUGGGUGAUAGAUCUUGUAAUGUAUUUGCUGGUUUGAGGUUUUGUUUGUAAAGAAUUUGGAUUGUGAUCCUCUAGAAGUUUUGUUGAGGAAAAUAUCCGAAUUCUGUGAAAACAGAGUAGUAAUUACACUACUUCCUGUAAUCCAUAUGAUCAUGCCGCAUAUUAUUGGCAUUUUUCUUUUGCAAUUACUGAAUUUUAGAGCUGAUUGUAACUCUCUGCUUCAUGUCUAGCGGCUGUUAAUGUUGCAAAACAACAUAUUCCCCUUUUGGUUAUAUUACCCAUUUUUCUUACUAUGAAUGACAUUGCCUGACAACUUUUCACCGCUAAGAUGGACCUAGUUUACCAAUUAAGAACACUUUUCUUUUAGUAUGAUUAAAAUCCUUAAGGUCUGUAUUCUGCAAUCUGCAGUACUCACUACUCAUCAAACAGGGGGCAGUUGUUAUAAUAGAUGUUUUUGAAGCAGAAAGGUAUUGCUGCAAUAGAGUGGGUUUUGAGUUGAAAGUGUAGGUAGGGACCUCUUUAACUUGUUGUAAAGUGCGGGGUUUAUUUUUCUUUCCCCUAGUUUAAAUGGGAAUUGGAGC